AGGUAACCUUCUACGUGGUCUUUCAUUAAUGUACACUCAAAUCUUUAUUCAAUACAAGGAUACAGUACAAAUUCUUAUUCCUUCAACACUGUAUGUUAUCCAGAAUAAUCUGUUGUAUUUUGCUAUAUCACGAUUAAAUGCUGUUUUAUAUCAGAUACUUUAUCAGAGUAAAAUUUUCACUACUGCUGUAUUCAUGAUAAUACUGUUGAAUCAACGUUUGCGUUCACUUCAAUGGUUCUCUCUUCUACUGCUGAGUGCAGGCAUUGUGUUAACACAGUUGCCUUCAACGAAUGAUUCAUCAAAGUCAAAUGGUAUUUCUUCGCCUAGCUUAUAUGGAUUCGGAGCAAUUUUACUGGCUUCAGUCACUAGUGGUUUUGCUGGAGUAUACCUUGAAAAAAUGUUUAAAGGAACACCGACUUCAAUAUGGAUGCGAAAUCUUCAAUUAGGUCUAAUGCAGUGUUUGUAGUGGUAGUGUGAGUAAUCCUGCAUAAUACAAAAUUUUAAGGGUGACAAUGGCAUUC